AUGUAUGGCCAUCAUCCACAUUUAAAUCCUGUCAAUUCUAAUCCUAAUCAUCAUCACCAUCAUCAUCAUCAGCAAUUGCCGUAUCCUUCGGCAUUAUAUCCGAUUGAUGGUGAUACGAACAACAACAACAACUAUAGUUAUAAUCUAAUUGGAUGUCCAUAUGCUUCACAAUCGCCAAUUAUAAAUGCUCAUCAUCAUACACAUUAUCCACAACAUAAUCAUCCACAACAACAUUAUCAUGGCCCUUAUCGGAUACAACAACAUCAACAUCAUAAUCAUCAGGUAAUACCAUCGAUGAUGUGUAUGCUUCAACAACAACAACAACAACAAUCGCAAAAAAUACUGCCAAUUGAAACAACAACAACCACUGCCAAACAUUUACAGCAAAUGAAUCAAAUACAAACAUUGAAUACAAAAACAACAAAUAAAUCAUCAAUACCGACUAAAAAUCGAAUAGGAGGAUUAUUAAUGAGUCGAUCUUGUGCCAAACAUGUUGAAGUAUUAAAUUUUAUAUUAAAAGGUGGACCACCAUGGGGUUUUCGUAUUAAACAACGUAAUGGAAAUGUAUUCAUUAGUAAGGUAAACUGUGGAGGACGUGGACAUAAAGGUGGAUUACGUGUCCAUGAUGAAAUUAUGGCUGUGAACAAUUUUGAAUUAGACAAUCAUCCAUUGACAUUACAUCGACAGCCUACAGCAUCAACAUCAUUAACAAAUAUCACGGCAACAAAUGUAACAACAAAUGCACAACAGGAACAACAAACAUCAACAACCACUGGUUCUGUUGUUCAUCAUUUAGAUCAUGUUGGAACGGCUGGUUCCGUAACCUCAUCGAUGCCACGAACGCCAACAAAUAAUCAAAAUGCUGAUAAUAAUAAUAACAACAACAAUAACGGAACUAGUAAUAUUGUCAAUAAUAAUCAAAUAGAACAACAAACAGAUGAUUCAUCAACCGGUGCUUUUACAUUCGGUGGAAUGGAUGAAUUAGAAUUGACCAAGUUAGAUUUUACCUAUCAACUUAUUAAACAUACAUUGAAUCGACAGCUACAAUUAACCGUACGACGAUGGCAUAGUGAUUGGGAAUUGGCACCAUCAAUAUUUUUACCAAUUUCUGCUGCAUCAAUUGGUCAACAAUCAUCUAUUGGAUCAACACGUAAAACAAUAACCGGUGGUAUAUCAACACCGGCAAUGUCUAUGGUAGCCGAAGAUAGUGAAGGUCCAUUACAUCAAAGUGAAGAAGAACUUUUAUCACCAAAUGAAGAUUUUGGACCAGAAUCACGAAAUGCACAUAGAAAAAUUCUUUCGAUGAGUAGCCAUUAUCCUUAUUCCGGUGGUUUCGUUCAUCAUCAUCCACCACCACAACAUUUGUUUUAUGAUCCAAGCACGCCACCAUUUGCAUUUUAUCAUCCACAUGAACAAUUUCAUCAUCAUCCACCACCACCGCCACCAUCUUAUCAUUUACAUCAUCCCGGUAGUGUCAUAGAUCCAGAUGAUUCAACACGUGCAAUACGUGGUGAUGAUAAUUCAUCAUCAUAUUCAACAACAACGGCAACAACAAUGAAUGAUUCAACAUCAACAUCGACAACAACAACCGGAUGUUUAGUUUCACAUCAUUCACUGAGAGAAAUGCAAAAAGAAGCCGAAUCAAGAACCGAAUGUCCAGCCCUUCAACAAUCGUCAUAUACAAGUUCAAUUACAACGGCAACUACAACCACGAAUGAUCAAACUACAACAUCAUCAUCAUGUCCCACCUGUAUGUAUAGUGAUCGUAGUUAUUGUCAUCAUUAUUGUCAUUGUGGUCUUACUGGGCCACAAGCUCCAGAUCAUUCACCGCUAUUACAAAGGCCAACAGCUUUCGAAAGCAAUGGUGAUGUUGAAUGUUUGAAUAAAGCCGAUUUUACUUCUGAUGGUGAUAUUGAUUUCGAUGAUGAUGAUAAUCGAAUCGAUGAUCCAGGCCGUCAAAGUCAACGGCGACGAUUAUCCAAUCAUCAAAGACGAUAUACUCGAUCGAUUCGAACACGAUCGAUAGAUGGCACUUAUCGUCAUCGUCAUGGACAGGAAGAAGAACAAUCCGAUGACAUUGGACAAUUAGUUCUAUCACCAGAUGGUAAUGGUGGAUCAGCAAGUGGUGGUUCAUUACUUACAUCAUCUGGAUCGACAACAUCAUCACCAUCAUCAUUAUCUAAAGUAACAACUAUACGACAACGACGUAAUAAAACACGAUCUAUUUCCACACGAUCAUCAUCACUAGAUCCGGAUGAUGAUCUUGAUAGAAAUAUCGAUGAUGAUGAUGACUAUACGGACGAAGAUGAUGAUGAUAUUGAAACGGUACGUAUUCGACCAGAUACACAACAUCAACCAAUCGAUGGUGAUCAGAUGAUCACAACAACAGCUGCGACAACAGAAACAGCGACAUCAACAACAAUGGCAAAAUCAAUGUCCUCAUCAUCAUCAUCGAAAACUAAAAAUAUUUGGAGUCCAUCAACAACGACAACAAUAUCAACAACUUCUCGUUCAAUAGCCGAUUAUGAUGAUGAUUAUGAUCAUGGUCAUGAUCAACGUCAACUACUAUCACUUCAUCAACAUCGAUCAAUAACCGGUGAAAAUUUAGAUAAUUUAAAAUCAAAAGCUCAACUACUACAACAACAACGAAAGCAGCAGCAACAACAAGUUGAUAACACUUUAUUGCCUCAAGCUUCAUCGAAAUCUUCAUUAUCUAACGGUCAUCAUCAUCAACAACAUCAACAGCAACCAAUCAAGAAUCACCUACAACAACAUCAUCAGCAGACGUCAUCAUUAGGUACAACGGUUCAGGCUCAAGAUCAACAAGUAGAUUCAAGUAGACAGCCACAACUGCAGCAGCAGCAGCAGCAGACGACAACAUGUAUUGAUGGCAAAAGUUUGAAUGAAACAGCUACUGUUUCAUUUCCACCACCAUUUUCAUCACGAACAUAUGCUGAAUUUAAAUCAUCACCUGUACAACAAUAUCGACAUCUAUUGCAAGUGGAUUAUCAUCAUUAA